AUGUCAUGCAUUUUUCCCACUUCUGAUCUUUCGAUUGAAGAUAAAACUAAUCAUACUCAAUUGGAUUUCGAAUCGAUCACUUCUGAAGACGUUACAACCCAAGAGGAUCAAGAUAGCUUUCCAGACGAAUUAGAAUCAGUUUCUCAUUUGAUCGAAGAACGUGUAGUUGACGCGUUUUCAAAAAUCCGAAAGAAAUUUUCUUCAAAUAUCUUGAAAAUGGGUGAAGGAGUAAAUGACAGCGCUGAGGGUAGACGUCGAAGCGCUGACGAUGGACGUACCACGGAAAAUCCACUCAAGAAACAUGGCUUUGCCCGUUCAAUAGCUGCACCCUUACAUCGACUCUUUGGCACAACAGCUGACGCAGCGCAACCACUAUCGAAAAGAAAGGCUCGAUCAGCUUCCUUUUCAUCUUACAGACCUUCUAGUGGUAGUUUGACCGCACUUCUAAGACUCGGGAACGCUUCUGAGACAGAUUGGGAUUUUCUGUGUCAAGGUGAAGUGCCUGAUGUACCACCUAGGAAUGAUGAUCAUGUGCUUUCAGAUUGUUGUUCCACUCCUUGGAUCGGCGAACUCAGCUUUGAGUCAUCUUGCACGUCACCUUCAUCAACUUCAACUUUUGCUACAUCUGUCACUAGUCUUCCAAGCCCAACUCACCUGAGCUUUCAACAACCACCAUCUCCUACUUCUCCGGUCGGACUUCGAUCAUCAAAACCGACGAAGCUGUCAGUCGAUAAUAUCUCAGCUCCAAUGUUACCUCCACCCCAACGUCGAGCAUAUACUAGUCCCCCUCCUGGUCCACUAGGCUCUUCUAUACCUCUGCCAUCUUGUGUUGAAGCAUCUGAUUAA